AUGAACAGCGUCUGGACGCACUAUUCCAGGAUUUCUGGCAGAAACUGGCGCAGAGGGGCACCAGCUGAGGGGACGACCGACAAGAAGCGGCACUCACCUUCCGAUGGCAUGAAACACAAGACAGGUGAACCUCAGAGAUCCCGAUCAGCCCCCAAACCACAGAAGCCGGGGAGGAAGAGAGACAGCCUGAGAGCCACAGACUACUCAGUCACCACUGCUCACUACUGCCCUCCGAGAACGAGAGAUCAACGUACGGGAGAACCAGCAGGCUUGUGCCCAAAGGGAACGGCUAAAGCCAUCAAGCGCAGGCCCCCCUCACGAAACUUACAGCAAAGCUGCAGGGGACUUCGGGCACCUCAUCACAUGGAGUACUCUGCUACGACACCCCGCAGACCCAAAGGGACUAUCCACAGGCCUCAGCCAUUUGCUGACUGGUCGACUCUCACCCUGGUGGGAAAAUCCACACACCACCACUUCUGGAGACGCCACCUUACCGACAGUGGGAGUGGGCUGAGAGACUCCAGAGGAACUGAAGCGAACUGUCUGGUACCUGCCAAUCUACCUACAAUUAGACCGUAUUUUAUCGUUAAUGUUUAUGAUUUCAGCCUCACGGACACCCCUAGCAAGCCCUAG